UGAGUCCCGCGAGCCCCGCAAUUGUUUUUUUCUUUUCAUAUAAGCAUAACCUCAACACAUACACCUCAAUCGCAAACAAAUUUCAUCAACAAUACUAAUCAAGUAUGCCUAAAAAAGGAAUUAUUCCCGUACCAGUAAUAAGUGAAGAACUGCUAACAAAAAUUCAAGAUGAAGUUAGCAAUCUUACAGAUCUGCCUGAAUGUCCAUUCUUGCAAAACUACUUUAAAAAGCGAAUUCUUUAUGAUCAGACACAACUCAAACUAUCUACAACACAUUUAGAGUCAAUAAUAUCAAUGUUUCCAGAAUUGGAAUUGCAAAACACUCCCAACAUUUCUCAAUUAUUGGAAUAUUAUAUAGAUCAUUACCCUGCUUAUCAUUAUUUAAGAGACAGAUAUUAUGGUCCAUUAUUAAUCAAAGUUAUGGCAAAUACUGUGCAAGAGGAAGAGGUAUUUAAUUCUUGGUUUAAAGAGUUUUUUUGCUAUUUGAAAGUGAAAUUGGCUGCAGUGCCUGAGUUAAUGCUGAUUCAUGGAAAGAAAAAUGCAAGCACAUCUUCAGCAAAAUCAAGCAAAUCAAAUAAUUCACAACUAUCAGACUUUUGUUUAGAGAUUAAGGGACCAACAAAUAUUAUUAAUAAUCUAGUAUUUUCAACUAUAAAUAAUGAUGUUCAAUUGAGAUGUCACAAGAAUAAACAUAUGAAAACAUUCAAUAAUGAAGGAGCUUUAAAUGCACUGCUGAAUUAUCCUUUUAUUGAAGUUGAAUUAAACAUUGGAUCAACAGCUGGAACCUCACUUGCAAUUACAAGAACUUGUAAAUGUGAAUAUAAUAGAUUCAUUGUGAACAAGUACACUUCUUUGCAUAAGAAAGUCAUAGAGAUGACCACACCUGACAAGAGAAAAUUGAAUUCCAAAAUGGAUGCAAGGAUUCGAAGUAUUGAAUUGGUUGAAGCAAAGGAGAGUGUUGUAUAUACACACGGAUUCAUUAAUGAAUACAUAAAAACACUUAUGGAAUUAAUUGAUCUCAGCUCAGAUAAAGUGUCUGAAAUGCGCAAGCGAGAGUUAAAGCUGAUUUUGAAUGAGUUUUUGUCAGAUAUAGCUGAAAUGAAUUUGUACAAUCGAUGUGUCAUUGCAACAAAUACUUCAGUGCAAUAUUCGAUUGGAAAAACUAUAUACGAGCGCUACCGUUAUGUUAAAAAAUCCGAUAUCAACUUUAUCGAAAUUUUAACGCCAAUGAUUACUCUUCACUUUAAAGAGUUCAAUCCUCUGUUUGCUGUAGAUGGUCAAAGUCAGCUGUAUUUUAAGCAACUUAAAAUGUUUCGGCUUACAUUGAGUAAAUUUGAGGAAGUGAUUCUUAACGAGAAUACGUUAAAGUUUACAUGCACUAUAUGUCUUAAAUAUUUCAUUGAUUCUGCUAGCAUUAUUGAACAUUUCCAGAAGGAACAUGAACCAGAAGUUAAUGUGGUUUGUGAAAAAUGCGAAUUAUCUUUGGAAGUGGCUACUUUGGCGGCCAAUCGAUGGUCACAUUUAUGCUUUGAAUAACGAUAUAAUAUAUUCUACCUGUAAUUAUUUUAAUAAACAUUCAUAUUCUA